AUGGAGUCGCCGAUCCCCUGUCCGGUGUCGUCCAACGCGCCGGAAUUGUCCCGCGCACCCUUGGACGUCUCCUACCGGGGCGCCGCCGCAGUCUGUCCUAAGGCGGCCUCUGCCCGACUGCCGUGCCCGGUCCGGAGGUGGCCUCCCCCCGACCGCGGCGUGGCGUGGUCCGCGGCUAUCGCCGCCUCCGACGCCAAGUUGGCGGCUGCCGCUUCCGCGGAGGCUGCGGCAGAGGCUAGCGCGGCAGCUGCGGCUUCUGCGGAGGCCGCGGCAGAGGCUAGCGCGGCAGCUGCGGCUUCUGCGGAGGCCGCGGCAGAGGCUAGCGAGGCAGCUGCAAAGGCAAGGGCGGCGGGCGGUGUGGCAAGGCCGGCUGCCGCUGCUGCAAACGCUAGCGCGGCUGCUGCAAAGGCCAACGUGGCCGCCCACGAGGCCGUGAAUGCCAACACCGUCGCCACCAACAAGAAAUUGAGUUGA